UUAUUUUUUUUGCCUGCAAAGGGGCCGGAUGGUUUUUGUGUCCCCCCCGGUUCUGAAGCUCAAGGCCAACGCCACCGGUGCUGCUCAUCUUCUCCCCCCGUCGCUGGAUGCCAACGCCGGGGCCGGAUUCCACCUCGGCGAGAAGGUCGCGGUACCUCCAGCCCAGCCUUUUGCUCCCCACCGUCACCAAGGCCGGCUCCCGGUGCAGCCCAAGGGACGUUGUCCAUAGAGGAAACCCAGAGCCGGGGCGAGCGGAGACGGUCCCCAGGGAGGUGUCGGCUCUUUGGUUCCUCCUCUCCUGCAUGAGACAACCCCGGCUCUGCGGCUCCGCCGGGCGAUGGCCGCGCUCUGAAGAUGUCCAUGGCCAGGCUCAACAGCGUCAAUGGCUUCCUGGAGGACGGCAGGAUGGAGGCAGGGGACAUGGGCAGGAUCCUCCGCUGCCUGGAGAUGGGCACCGUCCUCACCUUGUUCUACCAGAAGAAGUCGCAGAGGCCGGAGAGAAGGACCUUCCAGGUGAAGCUGGAGACCAGGCAGAUCAUCUGGAGCCGCACGCCCGAGAAGGUGGAGGGGGAAAUCGACAUUCGGGAGAUCAAGGAGAUCCGCCUGGGGAAGAACUCACGGGACUUCGAGCGCUACCCUGAGGAUGCCCGCAAGCUGGACUUCACCAUGUGCUUCAUCAUCCUCUACGGGAUGGACUUCAGGCUGCGGACGCUCAGCGUGGCCGCUUUCUGCGAGGAGGAUAUCAACCUGUGGAUAACGGGCCUCAACUGGCUGGUGGCAGACACCCAGAAAGCCCAGACCCCGCUGCAGAUCGAGAGGUGGCUACGGAAGCAGUUUGAUGGGAUGGACCGGUCACGGGAAGGCAGCAUCACAGUGAAGGACCUGAAGGCCAUGCUGCCCCAGGUGAACUACCGCGUCCCCAACAUGAGGUUCCUGCGGGACAAGCUCGUGGAGGUGGAAGCCAGGAAUGAGAUGACUUUCUCCCACUUCAUCCAGUUCUACAAGAACCUGAUGUUUGAUGCACAGAAGUCGGUCAUCGAGCAGCUGGAGCUCUCCUUCCCCCUGCGGAACGUGGACCGCCCCGAGCUGUGCCAAGUCUCCCUCUAUGACUUCCAGAAGUUCCUGCUGCACGACCAGAAGGAGCCCUGGGCCAGUGAUGUGGGCAUGGUGCGGGACUACAUGUGCACCUACCUCAAGGAAAGCUCCACAGAGGCAUCAGACCCCUCCUUCCAGUUGGAUGAGUUCCUCACGUACCUCUUCUCCAAGGAGAACAUGGUGAUGGAUGCCAAGUAUGAGCGCGUGGUGCCUGAGGAGAUGAACCACCCCCUGUCCCAAUACUGGAUCUCAUCCUCCCAUAACACAUACCUGACAGGGGACCAGUUCUCCAGCGAGUCCUCCCUGGAGGCCUAUGCCCGGUGCCUGCGCAUGGGCUGCCGCUGCAUCGAGUUGGACUGCUGGGAUGGCCCGGAUGAUCUCCCCAUCAUCUACCAUGGCCACACACUCACCUCCAAGAUCAAGUUCCUGGAUGUGCUGCACACCAUCAAGGAACACGCGUUUGUCACCUCCGAGUUCCCCAUCAUCCUCUCCAUCGAAGACCACUGCAGCAUCGUCCAGCAGAGGAACAUGGCCUCCCACUUCAAGAAGGUCUUUGGGGACAUGCUCCUCACCAAGCCAGUGGACAUCAAUGCUGAUGAGUUGCCCUCACCCACCCAACUCAAGAAGAAGAUCCUAAUCAAGCACAAGAAGCUGGUUGAAGGGAACCUGUAUGAAGAGGUCUCCACCGCCAGUUACUCAGAGAACGACAUCAGCAACUCCAUCAAGAAUGGCAUCCUCUACCUUGAAGACCCCAUUGACCACACUUGGAGCCCCCAUUAUUUCGUCCUGACAAGCAACAAGAUCUACUACUCAGAGGAGACAUCCCGCUACCAGUUCAAUGAGGAUGAAGAGGAGGUGGAGCAGAAGGAGGAGUUCAACAACAACGAGCUGCACUUCACGGAGAAGUGGUUCCAUGGGAAGCUUGGAGGUGGCCGUGACGGGCGGCAGAUCGCUGAGAAGCUGCUCCAUGAGUACUGCACCGAGACGGGUGGCAAGGACGGCACCUUCCUGGUGCGCGAGAGCGAGACCUUCGUGGGCGACUACACCCUCUCCUUCUGGAGAUCAAGCCGGGUGCAGCACUGCCGGAUCCACUCAAGGCAGGAGGCCGGUGCCACCAAGUUCUACCUGACAGACAACCUGGUCUUCGACAGCCUCUACAGCCUCAUCUGCCACUACCGUGAGGUGCCUCUGCGCUGCAACGAGUUCGAGAUGCGCCUCACCGACCCCGUCCCCCAGCCCAACGCCCAUGAGAGCAAAGAGUGGUACCACGCCAGCCUGACGCGCCUGCAGGCCGAGCACAUGCUGAUGAGGGUCCCACGGGAUGGAGCCUUCCUGGUGCGCAAAAGAAGUGAACCCAACUCCUAUGCCAUCUCCUUCCGGGCCGAGGGGAAGAUCAAGCACUGCCGCAUCCAGCAGGAGGGCCGGCUCUUCAUGCUGGGCAGCUCGGCCGAGUUCGAGAGCCUCGUGGACCUCAUCAGCUACUACGAGAAGCACCCGCUGUACCGCAAGAUGAAGCUGCGCUACCCCAUCAACGAGGAGACCCUGGAGAAGAUGGGCACCACCGAGCUGGACUAUGGAGCCCUGUAUGAGGUGCGGACCCCCCACUUCUACGUAGAGGCCAACAAGAUGCCAAUGGCAAGGUGCACAGUGAAGGCUCUCUACGACUACAAAGCACAGCGUGAGGAUGAGUUGUCCUUCUGCAAGCAGGCCAUCAUCCACAACGUGGACAAGCAGGACGGUGGCUGGUGGCGGGGGGACUACGGGGGCAAGAAGCAACUGUGGUUCCCAGCCAACUACGUGGAGGAGAUUGUCAGCACACAAGCACAGGAGCAGGAUGAGGCUUCAUCAGAAAACAGCCCCCUGGGGAACUUCUUGAAGGGCUUCAUUGAUGUGCCGUCCUGCCACGUCGUUAUCUCCAAAGACGGGAGGAGCUCCAAACCAUUUGUCUUCACCAUCCAUUCCCAGCAGAUGUCCCACGCAGCCCAGUCCCUGGAUGUGGCCGCAGACACGCAGGAGGAACUCAACGAAUGGGUGGCCAAGAUCCGAGAGGCCACGCAGAAUGCAGAUGCCAGGAUGCAAGAGGGGAAGAUCAUGGAGCGGAGGAAGAAGAUCGCGCUGGAGCUCUCCGAGCUGGUUGUCUAUUGCCGCCCGGUGCCCUUCGAUGAGGACAAGAUAGGCACGGAUAAGGCGUGCUACAGGGACAUGUCCUCCUUCCCGGAGACCAAGGCGGAGAAGUACGCCAACCGCAGCAAGGGCAAGAAGUUCCUGCAGUACAACCGCCGCCAGCUCAGCCGCAUCUACCCCAAAGGGCAGCGCCUGGACUCCUCCAACUAUGACCCAUUGCCCAUGUGGAUCUGCGGGAGCCAGCUCGUGGCCCUCAACUUCCAGACACCCGACAAGCCCAUGCAGCUGAACCAGGCCCUCUUCAUGCUCGGUGGCCGCAGUGGCUACGUCCUGCAGCCCGACAUCAUGAGGGAUGAGACUUUUGACCCCUUCGACAAGAACAGCCUGAAGAUCGUGGAGCCCAUCACGGUCCAGCUGCAGAUCCUUGGUGCCCGGCACCUUCCCAAGAACGGGAGGAGCAUCGUGUGUCCCUUUGUGGAGGUGGAAGUGUGCGGCUCCGAGUACGACAACAGCAAGAACAAGACGGAUGUUGUAGCUGACAACGGCUUCAACCCUGUCUGGCUCUUCAAGCAGUUUGUCUUUGACAUCAACAACCCUGAGUUCGCCUUCCUCCGCUUUGUGGUGUACGAGGAGGACAUGUUCAGUGACCCCAACUUCUUGGCACAAGCCACCUUCCCUGUCAAGGGCCUCAAAACAGGCUACCGAUCAGUGCCGCUGAAGAACAGCUACACCGAGGACCUGGAGCUCGCUGCCCUCCUCAUCCACAUUGAGAUCAUCAACGCCAAGGAGGAAGACGAGGAGAACCUCUACUCGUCCAUCCAGCAGCUGCGGGACCGCGCCAGCGAGCUCUCCAACCAGGUCUCCAGCUACGAGCGCACCAACGGCUGCGACUCCCGCUACCAGCAGCGCCUCGACGAGCUCCGGGCAGCCCAGGAGAGGCUCAUGGAGCUCACUGAAGUCCGCAACCGCAAGUUGAUGGAGAAGAAGAAGAGGGACCGGCAGAUGGUCACCAAACGCAGCUGAGGUGGAUGGACAGAUACCCUCCCGCCCGUUGUGGACCUCCCCUGCCACCUCCUCUCCUGCUGCAAAGGGAGGUGGGGUGGCUGG